UGCUAACACGAAUAGACGACGCUUUAAAAAAUGAAUGAAUUAACCAUGUUUUCCAAGCUAUAAACUAAUUGCAAUACAAUAGAGUUAAAAUAAUGGAUGUCACAUUUGGGCUUUUGUCCAACCUUGUGAAAACCAGGUCCAUACAGAGAGUGUUAGCACCCAUUGCUUCUCAGAUCUCGCUAUUGAUAAUCCUGAACGAGUCCGAAGAUGGGUCGCAGCUGCACCUGUGUAAGAUGGUGCCUUGCGCAAAGGUGGUCAUGCAAGCUGCAUACAAGCUGGUCUCUGUAGCCAAACAGCAGGCAAAGUUAUCUUCUGACAAGGAAUUUGAUGCCCAGAUGGUUGGUGGGUGUGAGGUGCUAGAGCUGGCCAGCUCUGGGCUGUAUGUGGCUGCUGAGAGGAUGGAGGCAUCUAGUUCCAGCCCUGAAGCCCGUGCCAAGCUUGUACAAGCCAGCAAGGACGUCCUCCAGGCUACCAUGAAGGUGCUGCUGGUAGCAGAUGAUGCAGAAAUACGCCGACUGGUCACUGCCGCUAACAUUGUUACUGAGAAGCUGAGCUGCCUGAACCUUGCAGAAAACAUGAUGGACCUGGUUCAGAGGUUCAAGGAGUUCACAGAUGCCCUCACGGUGUUUACGGCCCUGACUGACCGGCGACAGAGGGACACAAUCAGUGCCCGUCAGCGGGAAAGGAUGGUUACCUCCCUUACUAUAAUGAAGAAGUCCGUGUCCUCACUGAGUGUGUCUCUCCAGAACUCUGUACGAUACCGCCACAACCCCCAGGCACAGCUGGGUAAAGCAUAUGUGAUGAAUGAGAUGCAGACAGCUGUUGGGGAGAUUGUGGACACAGUGCAAAACAAGGAUAUGGACAGAGACGACCUCUCACCCCAUGAGGCUGGGGCCUUUGUGUGCAGUAUUGACCUGGCCCUAGAGUGUUUGAGUGAGGGUAGACGAGCUGAGCUGCACAUGGACCUGGAACUGUGGACAGAGGAGGUGGUACGACACAGCAUGACUGUGGCCCAUCUCUGCUACAACACACAUAGGGACAUGAUUGUGGCCACUUGUCAGAGGGUGAUCCAGGAGAAAUGUAGGGUGGUGGAGCUGCACAGGGCACAUGUGUCCGAUCUCAACAACCAGGAGGCAAAGUGUGACUUUUACGAUGUGUGCGAGGCGUUGACAGAUGAGUUUUGUGAAUUGGAAAAGAAUGUGAAUGUUGCCCUGCUACACCUGGUUGUCGAACACUUUAAGGAAACUACUGAGCCACUAGAACGCCUCAUCAAGGCUGCUCUCAAACCUGGCAAGGGUGAGUGUCUUGAUGGUGAAUCUGCGUGCCUGGAAGAGUUUGAGGAGAGUGCAGAGCGUAUCUGCCAGAUUGCCAUCCUCGCUGCGGCCAGUUCCACUGAUGCCAGACGUGUUCAAGUGAUUCGUGUGAGUGUCCAGCGACUGGAGAGCCUGGAACCAGAUGUGGUUGCCGGGGCAAUGACCCUUGCCAAAGCCCCCCACAAUACAGGGGCUGUUCGACACCUAAAACUGCUGAUGAGAGAGUGGAGCAUGGAGAUGACAAACCUUCUACAGGUCCUGGAUGAGAUGACAGACCCCAGGAUGUUUAUGCUUGUGUCAGAGCGUAAAGUGGAAGAGGAUCUUCACACAUGUAAUGGUUGUAUCUUGCUCUCUGACCUACCCAGAGUCACUGUGACCUGGCAGUCAGCUAUUGGGCGGAGUAGGCGUGUCGCCCAGGUGGCUGAGAGGGUUGUGGAUGCCAGUGAUGAUGCGCUGUAUAGGAAUGGGCUCAUGGCGUUUGUGAAGAAGUUGAAAAAAGUGAUCACAUCAGUAAGACUGGCAGGUGAGAAUCUACUGUCAGACCCAGUAAGUCCCGCAUAUCGGGAUAUGUUACGACGGAGAUUUGAACAACUGCAGGAGGCCCUAGCGAGGGUCAAGGCCGGCCUAAAUGAGGCCAAUCAUCCACAUGUACUCAGUCCACUACGCAGGAAUGUACGAGGGAAACCUACCACAUCCACACCAAAGUCACCAGUGCUGCAAUCCACUACAGACUCCACAGUCAAGGUCACAGAACAGCCAAGGUUAAAAGGUCAUCUCCAUAGUGACCAAAUUAUAGCUACAUCAGUUCCCAGUCUACAUGCCAGGCUUCAAACUAGCAAAGUGGAGGCCUUGAAUCCAGAGGUCAGACAGAAAAUGGAGAAAAGUAGAAGUGUGGGGCAUAUUGAACCAAGAGCAACACCAGACACCCAUGCCUGGAAGCUGGCAACAGACCUGUUGUCAUGGAGCACAAAGGGAGAUAAACAACGGGUGAAUCAGCUGUGUGGGGAUGCCCUCGGCUGGACCAACCAUGUGGCUGAUGUGGCACAGUCUGUGCUCAAGUACUGCAUGGACACAGGCAAGAAGAAGGAGAUGAGCAAUGUAUGUUUCUCCAUGGAUGAGAUAGUGUCAGAGCUGGUACAGAGUGCCAAGUAUGUGCUUCACGGGGACUUCAGUCACCUGACUGAACUGCAAACACAGACCAACACCUGGGCCACACAGGUGGAACAGGUGCGUGUUUAUGUGGACAUUAUGACAGAACCCUGGUUCUCCCUGGUGGAGGAUAUCUGUGGAGCUGUAAUGACUGGUAAAGCUGACCUUGUUAUGCUUCAGCUCGAGUCUGUACAGGGUCACCACAAAGCACUGACUGACCUUGUGACCUGUAGUGAGAAAAUAGGUCAUGAGGUCCAAGGUCACAAGAGGCUGGAGGCAUUGAGGAAGGACAAGAGUGACCUUGAUGACCUCACUGUGACCUUCAAAACUACCGCACAGGUUGCUACGGAACAGGGUGUAGAAGUGGGUGUGUCCCAGGUGGAACAAGUUGGCCGGGAGUGGGCAGGGAAAAUGUUCUCUAUGACCUCUGACUUUGAGCUGGUCUGUGAGGCCCUUAUGGGGAAGGGCAAGGGCAGAAAGCUCUGGACGAACCUGGAAGGGCCUCCUGAAGAGGUGGCUGAGGCCUUGGAAGGGGAGAACAAGAAAAUAAAGGAGCUGAUGAAAAGUGCAUGCUAUGGUGAUGAUGACCUACAGACCCUGUACAAGGGUUGUCUGGGAGACAUGCGAGAAUGUGUCGAGGAACUGAAGGCCCUGGCCAACAAACGGUACCCAGCCCAUGGCCUGGGCCCGCAUCGGGCUCUGUACAACAGUCUCCUGGUCGGGCUCCACAAAGGAGCUUGGGUGGUCUGGGCGAUACAGUGUGUAGACUUGGCCCGUCAGCAGUGUGCCAUGUACGCCGGGCCUGUAGACGCCAUCAUUGAACACACCUUCACCAUCAAAAUCACCCAUGGUGACAAGAGGGAUGGUCUGAUGUCAGAGUUUGAAGCCACGUUGGAUCGGUUCUCCAUGUCAGCCACUACAGUACACAAGAAGGUGCUAUCUGGGAUACAGCUGUCCUCCGAGUUGACCCACAGAUCUGCCGUCAGACAGUGCCUGGACGGUAUAAACAAGCUUGCUCCAGCUGUUGUUAAUGUCCUCAGGCAGUUAGUAGGUACCUCAAGCAGUGAGGUUCAUGGGCUUGUGUUGUGGCACAGACUAUUAUGGUGCAGCAAGGUCCAUCAUCUCAUUAGAAUACUGCAUCAGAUGUCCGAUCUUAAACCCACGCUCUUAAAGGACGUCCAGAACCUGCUUGCCCCAGAAAGCCAAGAAUCACCAUCAUUUGACAGCAUCUCAGAGAGGCUACAACAGACGGAGGCCGAGAAUCAGCCUGGUCCAGCAGGGGGGAGAUCACCAGAAGAGAAUGCAGGGGUACGCCUCCCUGGGGGCCCUAGCAUACUCGCAGCCUCGUAUACAGGCUCUAGAAUUCACAAUAGUGAUGAAUCACAUGACCCUAGAAUAAAGUCACAUGACCUUGCCGCGAAGUCACAUGGUGCCACUGUAGGACCUCAUUAUGGCACAAAAAGUUCCAAGAAUUCCACUUCUAUCAGCAAUACAAACAGUGAUUCCAAAAAUGGAGUUUUAGAUGUGAACAAUUCUGGGACAACCAUUUUGUUAGACAAAUGUAUAAGUGGUGAGGAUGUGGACAACCUUGAACCUGUCAUCGUUAACUUAGAAGAAAUAGAAGAGCAGAUUAUUCUGAAUGCGAGCCAACAGUUGGAGCAGACUGCCUUAUCAGAGGAUGGGUGUGAAACUGCUGAGGGUUCUUCUCAGACAAACAAGCAUAGUGCAUUAGGUGCUAAACCUACGCAGGCCAAGUCUCAAAGUCCGGACAGACAGAUAUUUGAAUUGCUGAAAGGAGCCCGGUACAUUGAGCGAGAAACAUCAAGGUGGGCGGACACAGAGAAUGCUAUAGUGAAAGUGGCAUCUACCAUGGCCCAGCAGAUAAACCACAUGACCCAGUAUGUCCACCAUGAGGGGCCUAUCAAGACUCACCUGGGUCUGGUAGAGACUGCGAAGGCCCUGGCUGGUAAUAGUGACCGAGUACUUCAGUUUGCCAACACCCUGGCCAAACACUGUGUGGAUAAGAGCUUCAGUACAGACUUGGUGUCAUACUGUGUCCAGGUUCCCCUUGUACGUCAACAGCUCAUGAUUCUGGCCAAUGUACAGCUGGGAACUGCUAACACCAAUAAUGCUGACCGUACUCUGGUACAGAAUGGCCAGAACCUGAUGCGGAAGAUUAUACAGACCAUCCAGGCCUGUGAGGCUGUCUGUGUUAAGGGAUUCAGUGAGAGUCUGUCAGCUGCGUCAAGGAGUGCGUAUCUCCUUGCCACCAGGUGGCGGCAGCAGUUAUUGGCACAUCGCCAGCACAGGGCAGAGAUUAGUGGGCUGGACGACCUUGGCCUACGCAUUGUCGAGGGCAACGACCUUCAACCUUCACUAACACACAUCUUCAGCACAGCUUGAGUGAAGAGGGGAAUUGUUGAGCUGAUAUAUUUUACAACUUACCUAAUGACAAUCCGGAUUUCAGUUUUCAUUAUAAAUCAGACACUGUAACAAGGAUUGUAGUUUAACUUAAGCAUAUUUCAUUGAAUGUCCAUUGUAUAAUGAUAUUCAAAAAUCUUUAUUGCCAUCCCAUUAUUUACGACAUCCUAGUAUGCACAAAUUUAUAGAGUUAAAUAACACUAAAAAUGAAGGAACAUUGAAGAAUUUGAGUGUAUUUGUUUACAAAGCUUUUCACAUUAUGUCAAGUAGACAUUUUGUGACAGUCUAGUAUAAUAGGCAUUUUCAUAAAAUUUAUUAGGUAAUAUUUUACCGCACAAGUACAUAUUAUUUGUAUUUGUCACCAUUGUUCACUUUAUGCCUCAUGGGUUUAUGACCUUCUUGUUUAUUAUAAAUAAAACUUAAAAACUUGAAAACAUGAAAAAGGUUCAAAUGACAACAUAUAUUUCAAUAGAAAUAUAUAAGAAUUUGAUCGAAGCUGCUAGCUUAUAAAAAUGAUCUUUUUUGAAUUUUGAUUAGAAUUUGGAUCAACAAUCCUGAAUAACUAGGUGGCUUUGAAAAUUGCAACACCAUUCCUGGCUGUCUUGUACUAGUUCACAGCUAGCUUGCUUGUGAUACUAAAUUUGGCCAAAUUGUUUAACAUACAAUGUACUGAAUUCAUUUUUGGAGAAAGUAAAGAAGUGUUGUGGUCUGCUUUGUCUCAAUACAACGCAGAGGCUGUGUCAUAAAUGUCUCAAUUUCUAAAAAUAUAUUUUAUUGUGAAAUUUAUGAAAUAGCAUUUAUUUUCAUUUUCUGUGAUAUAGAUUAAUAUUUUCACCCAUUUUGUAACAAUUACUGUGAUUAUCUUGAAUCUCAACUUUUUUGUUUGCAUAUUUUGCUGAGUUGAAUUUAGAACAUUUUUGUCCUUAACCCAUCCACAAUAAAUUCAUUUUUAGCUUUAUGCAAUAUAAUGGUUUAGGACAGUAAUGAUGUUUGAUAGCUUUACCGCUUAUAUGUUAUAUGUUGUGCUCUAUUUUAAAAGAGAGUAUUUACCUCUUCAUGAACAUUGUUAUUAUUUAUUUACACAUACAUGUAUAUGUACAUUCCUCAAACUCAGGUAUGAAAAUGUUGACAGUCAUGUUGUUUCCAGUCUGUAUUAACCAGAGAUGUGAUGCCUUAAUUAAACUAUGUUAUGUAUUGUUCGCACUUUCAUUUAUUCUACAAAGGCAUUUUAUAGUUUCAAAUACAAAUGUAGAUCAAGGGUGAGAGUGGUCUGGUAGUAUAGAUGUUGGUCUCACCAGCAGAAGGUUGUUGGUUAAAUCCCCACCAAGGGUACUCAAUAAUGGCCUAUCAAACCAGGGAUGCCAAUUUCCGCCUUUCAGCUAAUUUCCUCUUUUCGGCCACAAAACUUAGACAUUUAAAUUGUCUUUAAACUGAAACAUUUUUUGUAUAAAGUGUGAUUGGGAUACUCGUUUUUCAUACUGAUUUUCUCUUUUUUGACAAAUUUGCUUGGCAUCCCUGUUAAACAGGAGACCAGUACUGGUUGUUGCCCAGGAAACCAGUUGUUGCCCAGGAAACCAGUACUGGUUGUUGCCUAGGAAACCAGUACUGGUUGUUGCCAAGGAAACCAGUACUGGUUGUUGCCCAGGAAACCAGUACUGGUUGUUGCCCAGGAAACCAGUACUGGUUGUUGCCCAGGAAACCAGUACUGGUUGUUGCCCAGGAAUCCAGUACUGGUUGUUGCCCAGGAAACCAGUACUGGUUGUUGCCCAGGAAACCAGUACUGGUUGUUGCCAAGGAAACAGAAUCAAGAGUGAGUCAUAUCAACAGCUGUCAUCACAUUCAAGCUCAAACUAUAAACUCAGUGCAACUGUAAAUUUAUAAUAGUGUGAUUUUUUUUAAAGCUUUUCAGUUUGUAUGCUUUACAUUUCUAUUGCCAUUUUUUCAUAGCAGAAGUUGGAUUGGUUGCAUAGAACUAUGAACAAUAGAAAAUUAUGCAAAAUUCAAAAAUAUUUGUAAUAGUAAAUUGGAACUUUUCUCUCUAUAUGACUGUUCAAUAUUGAAUGUUUUUUUAUUAUUUGAAGCAUGUGUGUUCAUGUAUACAUUUAUCAAUUGUAAAAAAAUGUCACACAGGUCAUGUUUCCAUACAAAUGAAAGUGUUAAGUGUAAUUCCUUUUAAAGGCUUCCCAUUUAUUUUUUUUGCAAUUGGAUUGACAAUCUGUAUCACAAGUUUAUUUUAUUAUGUCUGUGAACUUGUCAUUGUAUGAAGUAAAAAACAAGUUCAUACACUUGGAUGAUAUAUAAUUCAGUCCUAAUAUCUGUUGU